CAUUGCGGGAAACAAGUCACGUAAACUGAGUGGCUAGCGGACUAGUUAAAACCGUGUGGUUAAGACAUUUUCAGUGAAUAUUAGCUGUUCUUAUGCCUUAUCCCCAUGUGUACUAUGCUAGCGGACUGUAAAUCUCGUCGGGCUGUCUGUGGGGAUUGGAAAGUUGUUAAUUAGCUAGCCAGCUAACCUAGCUAGCUACAGUGGCUAGCGGUUGGAAUGUAGCUAGUCUUAGCAUACUGUAAAGUGGACCCCAGGCUUCCUGUUGAUUAGAUUUUCUGUUGUUGUUUCACAAUGCCUGAUAGCAUGUUCGUAGAGUGUCCUUUAUUAAUUGCUCUUGAUAAGAAGAAGACUGUUUACGACGGCUUCGUGUCAGUACAGGAGAGAGACUUCAGAUUAAGAAUAAUUCUGCCCUCAGACCAUCAACUGAAACAGGCAAAAUUGUACUGCUGUUGGCAGCUGAAACGGCUGCUGAAAGGUUAUGAACAUAUCGUAAAACAGAGGUUACAUCAUUCUUCAGAUUUGGUCAGUUUCAUUUUGGAGCUAAGGACAAUAUUGGAAGUGGCACUGAAGAACCAGCCAGGAUGUCACACCAUGCCACCGCCUCAGUACUAUUCACAGCUUAUCACAGAGAUAGAGAGUCUUGGCUGGGAUAAGCUGCUCUACAUCAAUACAGACUUUUGUACUCUUAAGCUGAAAGCAGAUGACUCUGCUGGCCGCCAACACACCAUUACAGUCGCACUUAAGCCCAAGUACCCAAUAGAAGCUCCAGAAUGCUCAGCAGAUCUGCCUGUCCCACUGGUCAUUACAUGGAGCCCACAGAGCACUCUAGCUUCCAUCCAUAGCCAGUUCCUGCUGCUUGUGGAAGCCUUGGCUGAGUUCUGGGCAGUGCUGGAUGAGAUAGACAAGCAUACCUGGGUGCUGGAGCCUGAGAAACCCACCAGGGCAGACUCCAUGAGGAGGAUCGCCAUUGGAAACAAUGUCUCCAUAAAGGUCCAAAUAGACCCCAGACACCCCAAGAUGUUACCAGAGUGUUGCCUGCUUGGAGCCGAGCACAUGGUCACCCCUUUGAGGAAUAAGCUGAAUGCUAACAUGCAUCUGUGGAACCCUGACUGCAGUAUCCUACAGAAUAUGAGAGAUGUUAUGGAGAUAGAAUUCCCAUCGCCUGCCACCCACGAAAAAUCUAGUUUCAGUAUGGAGUGUGGCAUCUGCUACUCUUAUCGGCUUGAUUCGGCCAUCCCAGAUCAGGUGUGCAAUGACCCACGCUGUGGGCAGCCCUUCCAUCAGGCUUGUCUCUACGAGUGGCUUAGAGGUCUGCCCACCAGUCGCCAAAGCUUCAAUAUUGUGUUUGGAGAAUGUCCUUACUGCAGCAAGCCCAUCACAGUGAAAAUGGCAAUCCCAAAACCGUGACCAGACUGCAUCUAUUCUGCGACUUAUAAGAAAUUUAGUUUUGACAUAGGCAUGAUC